AACCGGAACAACUGCGUGCAGGCCUGUGACAACUCCAAACGUUUGCUAACUAUGCUAGUGGAUGCUUGUGUUUUGUAAUUCAUGUAGAUAUUUUUAACCCAUUUUGGGCGUUCGUUCUGACGAUGGGAGCUAAUAACAGUACCCGUCGUGUGUCGUAUGAGUCAGACGAGAACGAGAACGUAACUGUGGUGAAGGGCAUCAGGCUGUCUGAGAAUGUCAUCAACCGAAUGAGAGAACCUACCGUGGCGCCCCCCUUUGUCCCAAGUCCCAGGCCUGCACCUUCUCUCUCCUUGGUUCCUCCACCACCUCCCCCAGAGACCGUACCCUCACCUACGCACCCUUCUCAACCCGAGCAGGUAGAAGCGCCCACCAUCAUUGACAUGGUGCUGCCCUCCUCGUCACCUGCAGCUUUUGAGCCUCUGCCGCCAUUAUCGACCCCUGCUACUCCUCCUCCUCCUACUGUUGCUGCUGUCGAGCCGGUAACUACAAGUACAUGCUUCACUUCUCCCGCACCCGCUGAUGCAACCAUCCCCGCUGUAGUGAAUGCAAUAACCCCGCUUGCUCCUCCUCUAAUUGAGCCUACUGCUCCUUCACCUGUUGCAUCCUCUCCUGCUCUCCUGCUUCCUGAUUCACAACUCCUCUCCUCCCUCCCUGUUUCUGAGCCUGUCACCACCCUGCCGGCACCUCCACAGGCUCAGGCUCCAGCGGGGUCAGAAUCUUCUUCUCCUGUGCCAGAAUCUAGUCCAGUACCUCCGCCGCCACCUCCUGCUGCACCAGCCAUUGAUGAAGAAGCCCUGAAGAAGAAGAUCAGCGAUGAGUUGUAUGAAGGCCUGGAGAAGCAGAGAGUCAAAACAGAGCAAGAGCUGCAAGCCUGGCUGGAGGCCGAGAAGGCCCGCGCAGCGGCGCAAGCUCAGGCUGAGACCAAGCGCCACGUGGAGGACGAGGUGUCCAGGAUCCUGUCUGCAGAGCGCACCGUGGCCCAGGAGAGCAUCCAGCAGGCCGUCCUCAGGGAGAGGAUCGCCACCGAAGACGAGAAGCUCCGUGCUCAGCUCUAUCCAAUGUGAAGAGUUAUGCCUCCCCACGCUCAACUAUAACAGGCGGAACGUCUGCAGCCAUGCCACGUUACAGUUGCAGUCCAGGGCAAAAAAAAAGGUGUUUCGGAUUGAAAUUCAGUCCAUUGAUUCUGCAUCGCAAGGCCCAUCUUUGCUCAAUUAUAAGCUUUUGUUACAAACAUGAAUUUGUGCAAUUGAAUAUGGUUAUGAAAACAGCAUUAAAAUUAAUGUAACCAAAGUAUUGCUGAAUGUACUUUUUUUGACACAGCUUGACCAACAAUAUUGUUUGGUCGCUAAUCCAAUAAAAGAUUCAUUAAAAGUCCAUCCAAGAAAAGAUGAAAUUGGAAAAGAUGGGCGUGCAUGGUUAUAGAUCAAUUUGUGGUGUGAUUUAGGAUAUGACUUUUUAUUUUUAUUAUUAUUUUUAAGAAACUCUCUUCAACGCAAUAGCCCCUAAUUCAAACAACCAGUGGUUAGACCAGCACUUCCCAUGCGAGCUCCCCAGACAAUGACACAGCAGUCCGAAGGGGACGCAGCGCUGUAGCUGCAGCCCGUCCAACGUGAAAGUAACUUCACCACGGUACACCGCAGACAUGUCCGCAUGGUGGUGUUGCCGUUUCUUCUUCUUGAGGGUGGAAGGAGUCGAGUGGCAACCAGCUUUGUGGUGCAUAACCGCACCUAGCAUGUUGGAGUGUGGCCCAGACUCACGAACGUUAUAUGCCAACCGUAUAGGCCCGAUCUCGUGGCGGAAGCCGAUAUUAUCUGCUCUUCAAAAUACAGCGGAUAAGCAGCUGAUCCCCAUCCUGAAGAUCGGAUCGGGACAUUACUCUACUCCCCAUACUUGAAAUUGGAGAAACUUCUACUGUAAACAUACAGAAUAUACAUACGCAUGCAGUAUAGUUUUAAAUAUGAAUAUUUAUGUACACUUAUACAUGUAUAUUGGGGGUGCACACACUUUUUCAGAAUGCAAGAUGCAAGUCAGAAUGAUCCUUUUUUUGCUGUAAAGCAUAAAAUGUGUAUAAACGAUAACCUUACGGUAAAAAAUAGAAAUGAUCAGUAUUUCACAUUAACAGGUCAUCAAAACAGUUAAUAUGAUUCAAUAAUUCACAAUUCAGUUCAAUGUGGCAAUAAAUAUAAUGUCUGAAUAGUUGUGUACGUAAGCUGAGUAGUAUGUCAAUAAAAUAGCUACAUCGUAUUCAUGAGACACACUUCAUGUAUUGCGUCCAGUUAGCAUUUGCUAUCAAACAUUAGAGAUAUACAAGAAAUGAAAAAGAUUAUGCAAAGACAAUGCAGACGAAGUCAAGGCAGCAUAUUCAAACGCUUUCAGCAAUGGGCACAUUUUCCAAUGCGCCGUGAAAUAAUAGUUCCACAAACGAAAGUGUAGAAAACACACAUUUCUACAGAGGAGUUCAGGACGUGAAGCAAAGCCACUAAACAAUUGAUUUUGUGGACCGCUGGUCUGGUGUGGGUACACCCUGUGUUUGACUUCUGUGUGGUGUAUGUGAUGAAAGCCUAGCACCCUAUCCUUCAGACCUUCCUGCCAGCACUCACUCCCCCUACCCGUGACAAUCCUUCCAUCCAGUCAAUCCAGCAGUAAUUGAAACGUCACAGGAGCGUGGGCAGGGUUGCUUCUUGUCACUCACUGUUGUCUUCCACGAGAAGAAGGCAUGUUCAGUGUCAGGGUUCACACGUGUUCUGCCACUAGAAGACCAUGGAGAAGGACUUUGACCAGUGGAGUUAAUUGGGAGACUCGUUAGGCGUUCAUUGGAUUUAGGAGGUCAAUACCAGGGAAGGUUAGUAGCCAGAAAGACUGUUGUGUAAAAAAUAAGCUCACUCUUGAUGUUCCCCUGAAUGUAAUCAUGAAUAAUGAUAAACGCUAGCAUGCACGAUUAAUGUACUCUCUUCUUCACAGUCCGGAGUUAAUUAAAUCACUCAGGGAGCUCCAUCAUACCCCUACCUUUUUGGAUGUUGAACGACGUGGCCCCUCGCGCAGCCAAACCCCGGUCCAGUGGCCAAUCCAUCACUGGUCACAUGCUUUCACAGGCUGCAACCUUAAGGCGGUAUUUUCAAUCAAACCCAGAGCCAUCAAUCUCCCUGAGAUCCAAACUGGCCCGAGCAGGUUCUACCUGGUGGCAAUCCUUGGGUUAUUUGCUAGUCCAAAACAUCUUUUCUUAAUGCCCGCCGCAUAACAUCAGGAAGUUCUUAUAUGAUACUUGCAGGACGUAUAUGAAAGGAAAUGUGCAAUUCAUUCAUACUAGAGAUGUCACCAGACAAGACGACAUGAGAGUCGAAUGAAAAUAUACAUGACAAUAUAUUGCAAUCUACUGCUUUAAUUUCUACUACGUUACCUGCAUUGCUCCUCACACUGUGUAUGCUAGCCGCCCCGCCUCCACGCAUCAAGACAAACACACUGUAUGACAGACAAAAAGGCUCACUCCAUUCAUGCCGCUGGUCUAUGGAACAAACACGCCAAGGCGCUGAAACCAAUGCACAGGCUAAACCAUCUUCCUGCCUGUUUGGAGGCGGGAGACGAGGAAAACAGACACGCAUGCAUUAUUGAGUUCAUUUUCAUUCAUUGUCUGGUCAGUUCAUAGGCCUCGUGCCCACGAGAAAUCUUUCUGUCGUGUUUCUAGUACAGUAGUACCUCGCAUAACGUAAACCUCCUUUUACGUAAAUUCCACUGAACGUAAAGAAUUUAUGUACAUUUUUUGCAUCGUAUUACGUAAGGAAUUCCAUAUAACGUAAAGCGUCAAGUCCGUGCAAGCGACAGGGAGACUAACAGAGUACACUAGGUGACGCCUUCUGACUUCACGCUCUCAUUAGCUGAUUAUCGGGGCACCGCCUAUGCUCUCAUCUCACUGGCUGAUUAUCGGGGCACCGCCUACGCUCUCAUCUCAUUGGCUGACUUAUCCAGCGCGUCCAUGUUUGUGUGUGAGCUCCCUUCCUCAUCGUAGUCGCCCUUAAACUAGUUUGCAUGCAUUGAAAUCUCUUCUUAAUUUCAUGACUUUUAUUUGUGUUAAAAUGAGCGUAGUCAUGGGCCCUAAACCAAGUGGAAGUCGUAAGAAAAAAGGGAAAAGUUGUCGAUCGAAACGAAACAGGAAGUUAUGCAGAAAUUCUGAUGCUUUAUGCUCUCAUUGGCUGAUUAUCGGAGCACGCUCUCACCUCAUUGGCUGACUAAGACAUGCUGCUGCCUUCCUCAUCGUAGUCGCCCUUAAACUAGUUCGCACGCAUUGAAAUCCCUUUUUAAUUAGUUUUCUUUUCUUUGUGUUAAAAUGACCGGAGUCAUGGGCCCUAAACCAAGUGGAAGGGAUAAGAAAAAAGGGAAAAGUGUCGAUCGAAACAAAGCAGGAAAUGAUCCAGAAGCAUGACGGUGGUAUGAAAUGAAGUGAUGUUGCUAGACUAUACGGCCGUUCCCCAUCGACCAUACAAACAAUAAUCAAACUUAUUUAUUACCUUAUUUUAUCUUGGAAUGUUACUUUACUAUGUUUAUGCUGUUUUCUUAUAUUUUCCCACCCACAUUUUCCCAUAUUUGGUGUACUUAUUUUUAAUAUUUUGAAGGCCCAAAGGUGUGAGUUUGGAAAGAUCUUGGAAUGGAUUAGGCUAUUUACAUGUAUUUUACGCUUGGUAUAACAUAAAAACCCUAUAACAUAAAGGUUCUUGGAACGGAUUAUUUACGUUGUAGGGGCGUCUACUGUAUUCUGUAAAUUUCAAAUAUUCAUUUAUCAUAUUUUAUUCAUCAUAAUUCACAGAACAACAUGCCAAUGUUGUCAAAUGUUACUUUUCCCCUCAUCAGGUGUUCUAUUAUAAGCUUGGAUGCAUUUUUCCUACAUGGCUACCUUACAUAAACUAGUCUUCACCAGAUGCACUUUUCCUCCCCCUUCAUGUUUCUUGCUGUCGCAUUUCAGAUACAGACGACUGGACCAGGCUGAUAACAUGCUGACAAUUUAAUUUCCUCAGUAUUAAAGGAGACUUGCUGGGUUUUGAAUUGCUGCCCCUUGGUGGUAUUAAAAAAAAAUCUUUAAGAAUCUUUUUUUUUUGUCAGAUGAUGGGAAAAUUAGGAGUGGGGAGGAAAAAAAAGAUCGCGUAUUAUCUUUUGUUUGAGAUAAAAAAAGGUGUUGGGAGGGGGGUCCAUUUUUUUCUUCCCUCCUCUUUCUCUCCCACGCUCUCUUUGUGAUUCUGCUCGUGGACGGAAUCCACUGAAGCAUAUCUUACAUGUCGGCGGGCCCGACCUCACCGCUGCCCAGGGUGUGGUGCCCACACGCCGUGCCAGUAUUGGGGUGAGUCGGGAGGUCAGUGCUUAAUUGGCAGGCCAUUUGCUGGCACUCACCCUGUUAGCUAAUUGGCACUGCAAGUGGGCAUCAACGGGGCUGUGAAACGGCAGCUCGUCCAGUGAUUGAUGGAUGGAUGGAUGGAUGGAUGGAUGGAUAACGACGUCGAGUCAGCCUAGGCUGCACAGUAAACAUACUGCCUCAACGUCAAUGAAUGGUGAUGGGCGUUGUCAUUGUAUUGUAUUGUAUGUACUUUAUUUAUCCCACAGCGGGGAAAUUUACUUGUUACAGCAGCAAGACAAGUAAAGAGAACAGUGUAAAGAAAGCAUAGUGACUACAACAUGGUUCAGGUGGUGCAGGUGUUGUAGAGCCUGACAGCGGUCGGUAUGAAGGACCUGCGGAACCUCUCCUUCUUACACCGUGGGUGUAACAGUCUGCUGCUGAAGGAGCUGCUAAGGGAAACAACAGUGUCAUGUAGCAGGUGAGAGGUGUUGUUCAUGAUGGAUGUCAGCUUAGCCAACAUCCUUCUCUCCCCCACUUCCUCCACGGAGUCCAGAGGACCGUCCAGGACAGAGCUAGCUCGCCUGAUCAGUCUAUUUAUCCUGCUCCUGUCCCUGUCCGUGCUGCCCCCUCUCCAGCAGCCCACAGCAUAGAAGAUGGCUGAGGCCACCACAGAGUCAUAAAAGGUCCGUAAAAGAGUCCUGCACACACCAAAGGACCUCAGUCUCCUCAGCAGGUGAAGGCGACUCUGGCCCUUCUUGUAGAGGGCGUGGGUGUUGACGGACCAGUCCAGCUUGUUGUUAAGGUGAACACCCAGGAAUUUGUAGCUGUCUACCAACUCUAUGUCCGCUCCCUGGAUGUUCACCGGUGUAAAGUGAGAUGUUUUCCUCUGGAAGUUAAUGAUCAUCUCCUUUGUCUUGCUGGUGUUGAGCUGCAGCUGGGUAGGCUCACUCCAGCUGACAAAGUCCCUGAUGACCGUCCUGUAUUCCAGAUCAUUCCCCUCUGAAACACAACCAACAAUGGCUGUGUCGUCGGAGAACUUCUGGAUGUGACACUGUGUGGAGUUGUGUGUGAAGUCCGAGGUGUAGAGGGUGAAGAGGAAAGGGGAGAGCACCGUACCCUGAGGGGCACCUGUGCUGCAGAGUACCAUGUCAGACACACAGUGACGGAGCCUCACAUACUGUGGUCUGUUGUGGUCUGUCAUGUAAAGGGACAUUAGAUUCCACCCCAAAAGCAUAAUGAAGAGAUGACAUUUUAACAUUCAUUUUAAGAAAACAUCACUGAAAGUAGUCAAGCGCGUUUUUGAAAUGAAUAUUGUGACACAAAUUGAUGCCAAACAAGAUCUUUUUCAACAUUUUUAAGACCAAAUAAACCACUUUUAUGGUAAUAUGAUAAUAAUAAUAAUAAUAAUAAUAAUAAUAGUAUCCUUCAGUCUGUAAAGUUGCGAAAUUUUACGUUUGUGGCAUGUAUUUUUUUUCCUCACAGUUUGUACUGUCUAACGUUUGCAGCAUUUCUUGAAGUGCUGACUUUUCAGAGGCAUUAAAGAGCAGCAUUUCUUUUGUGAAGACUUUCUGUGCAGUGUCAUUUUUGUCACCACCGCAUAGACCUACACACACACACACACACACACACACACACACACACACACACACACGUGUGUAUAUUAUGUUGAAGACAUGCUACACUUACUUGCAUUUGAUUUUGUGUCCACCUGUUGACCAUUACAGGAGGAAUUGUAGCCCCUCUUUUUUCCUCAUUCAAUUUCUAAUAGUUAGACAUAAAUGAUUUAUUUUUACUAAAACUAGUUUAACAUAUUUUUAGUUUUUGUCGACUAAAACUAGACUCAGAUAUUUGAAGUUUUUGUUGACUACAACGAUCACAUAUAGGACUGACUAAAAUGUGACCAAAACAAGAAUACAGGUGAAUAUAUGGAGGCCGGUUCAUUUUCAUUUAUCGUGUGAUUCAUUCAUUAAUUUAUUAUUGCAAGACGAGAAAUUUUCGUUUUAUACCCAUGACAUUGCUAGUAAUAAAACAUUAUUUUGACGUUAUUUCAUUAAAGUCUUAAAUUCCCAGACAAAACUUUGAGACUUAAUUGAGUUUAUGUUACUAUUUGUUGCCUGUUCUAUUAUUUUCCCACCAGAAGGUGUCUUGUAUCUGCAUCAUGAACUCCUGAUCAAUGAAAGCUUCAUCUGUGUGUGUGUGUGUGUGUGUGUUUGUGUGUGUGUGUGUGUGUGUGCGUGCAUUUGUGCUUUUUGAUUUGAAUAGCGUGCUUUCGUCGGAACCUCCUUGCUCAUUCUUUCAUGAAUAGUUCCUCUUGCUUCUGACAAGUGAGUUGUAUCAGUUAGCUUCAGUGGAAGUGAAUGUUUCCGCAGGAGCUAAUGGUGCUGGCGGCUCGGGUUUUGAUUGAAGGCUGGAAAAACUUUGACAUGGAGAGAACAAAGACGGAGUGGCGUCAGGGAGGCUGUGAAGAGCUGAAAAAUCUGGGUGAUGUAUGUGCAGGAGGCAGACAGAGAAGGUGGGGAAUAAAUAGAGGCGCCUGGAAAGAGCAGACAAAAUACAGAUAUUGAUUUACCAGGCAGUUUUGAAACAACCUCCAAUUAGGAAACAAACACACACAAAACUGCAUAAAAAGUGCAAACUUUGAACAAGCCUCAAGGGGGAUACUUUUAGUACAAUGGCUCUACAAGAAGCUAUUUUGGGAAGGAAUAGGGUGAAAUAAGAGUCAGGCAGAUCAUCCAGGUGACCCUGGAUCGUGCAAUCUUGAUAGACAGAAGCUGGAGGUGGACGGCGAGCCCCCUCCCAGCUUCAUGAGGCCUCGGAGGACCACCUGCUGCGGAAUGAAUAUGCAUGUGUGCAGACAAGGAUGCAAGCAUAUGGAGGCAAGUAGGGAUCCUAAGGCUGCAGGUACAAGACAGCUGAGGCACAUUCAGUCGCCGCCGUGUGAGGUCCAGUGUCAGCAACACAUCCUGACGCUGUCGGUUUCUUGCCACAUGUGUCUUUGCCCGUGUCUUGAGUUGGACAUUCUCCUCACCUUCUACCUGACACAGGUUGUCCUCUUCUCGCCAGCAUUCACUUCUGUCCCCGGGGGCCUCUGUUGUCCAAAGCUAAGCAGACCUUCCUCCGCUUCUGGGUCUUUCAUAUGUCCUCUGCUGUCAAGCGAAGGAAUUUUCUGUGUGUGCUUCAAGAAGAAUGUGUUCAAUCUUUCGGCAUAUUCGGCACCUCAUCUGGCGCCUUCUUCUUUUUGACUUGCUAUGGGCCCCCAGCACUGGAGGCGACGUCACCUCUCGUCCAUUCAUUUUCAAUGGAACCUGCGCGACGGUGCGAUUAUCACCAGUCUCCGUCCAGCCAAGCAACACACGAACGUGCAGGUUCUGUGCUCAUGCAUGUCAUCGUGCACACGCUUGCUUGCGACGAGAUCCCAGAAAGUUGAAACUUUCCAUCGCGACGUUUCAUUGACCGACCAGUGAGCGGACAGGAUGCUAUUCAGUACUCUCUCGCAGGUAAACGGGGGGGGAAUACUUACCUAGAAAAGUAUGGACAAUCGGAAUUCAAGUAUGGAAAAAUAUUCAAGUUUCCAUGAUUGUUACCACUAUUCUGUUUUCUAAAAGAUAAAGUUAUGAAUAACGGAUUGAUCUGUUUUUCAAGGCACUUGCUAGGGCAGCUAAGAUGUUGGUAUCAGACCACACAGUGGACGACACAUCCCAGAAAGCAUUUGGGAAGAUUGACAAGUUGAAUGGCCAACGCUCCGCUCUUAUCCUCCUCCGACCCGUUGUACGAGCUACAUUACCUUGCUAUAAUCUCCUGGAAGUUCUAUGCUGACAUACAGGCGUACACAUUCAGCAUGAUGAAAACAAACCAUUAAUUCUAUAAUUUACUUACACCAUACUAGAGCUGCAACUAACGAUUAUUGUCUCAGUUGAUUCGUCUAAAGCUUGUCGUUUCCAUUAAAUAAGUAAUCGGUUAGGCCCUAGAUGGUGCAAACCAAGAUGAACUGAACACAAACAGUUAGUGGUUUGGUCCGCAACAUAUCACAAAAGAGGCUUGAAUGUCCCUCACUCUUUGCCAAAGUCAGAGCUGAAGUGUGUGAAUCGAUCGCAACUGGACUGUUCAGGUUGUCUUAGAAGACGUUUUGCCUCAUCAGGCUUCAGGCUUCAUCUGUUGAUGCUCAAUGGCUAGUUGGGCCAAACACUGACUAGAUAGGACAGCCCUAGUCUGAUACAAAGAUAAUAGGUCUGCUUUCAUGGAUAACUAAGACAAUUUCAAAAAUAUUCACAUUUGAGAGGCUGAAAUCAGAGGAUAUUUAUUUUUAAUCAAGAAACAAUUAAUCAAAUACCAACAUAGCUGUCAAUUAAUAGGAUAAUCGAUUAAAUAACUGAUGCAAAUCUAAUCUAUUUACUAAGUCUGGAAAAAGCAUGAAAUCUGGAAAUGUCAAAUCCGUAGGAACCCUGAGCCCAGCAUCCUGGUCGAGACCAUCUAACAUAUGCCCCCUCCCCCCCACGUCUUGGUAAUGAAGGUUCAGCCCUUCGUAUCUCAUGCGUGUUGGAAGUGACAGAUGAUCAGGGGGCCUCCAGAGGUUGCGCUCCCCUGAGCUCGCGACAAAAGGCAGCUCCACCUCGAGACAAUCAAUCAAUCAGUUUACACUGCAGGCGUCCGAUCAGCCACUUAAUCAAUCCGGGAGGGGGGGAUUGGUGUGGGGGCAGAUGUUGUUGCCGCCAGUGCAGCGGUGGCGUCGCCAGCAAAGGCUGUGGGGCUUGAGGUGUCAGAGAGUAGAAAGGAAAUUGAUUUUUCAUGUUUGUACCAGGAUUUUGCAAGCUUCUCAGAGAGUCAUUUCCCCAGAUGUGUUCCCUGCUUUCCUGAAAAUAUCUUUAGAAGAAGCCAGCCCUAGUUAUCUCUGAUGAGAUUAUAUAUUACCAUAAACCCCACUGUUUAUGUUUGCCCAAAAUAAACGAGCAUAUUUUUCAACAAAUUUUGGGGGCGACUGCAAAAGGGAUGUAAAUAAGGAUGUCCCAGGGUCAUUAAGCCCUCGUUUGUGGUCAAAGUCAAUGAGGUCCAGACUACACAAGGACACCACGUACAUCUUUUGCCCUUUUGGCCUCCUGGUCCCUGACCUGGGCAGGUCAGCCAUCUAACCCAAGAGGUCAUUGGAGCAUUACUGACUGUACAAAGAGAUCCCAAGGGACGGUAUCUCUUGUCUGGACCUGAGGUGUGCUGAUGGCUUUAUCUAGCACACUUCUCCAGGCAUCCUUCAUUUGUUUAGGGAUCAUUCUGGUUGCCAUUUUGAAUAUGACAUCUGUCAAUUGUCAUUCUUAUUCCGUCCACACUCUUGGCCUUCAUCCAUCUCUCACCUGGAAGCUACACCUUGACCAUGCCAAUUAGCACCAAAGCACGGUCACAUUGCGCUGCCCUUUGACCCUCCCCUCCUCCUCCCUUCGUGUAGGAGCACAUAGUGGACUCCUCGGGUGUGCAGCUUUGCUGUCGGGUUGUCACGGGUUCCCAAAGGUUUGUUAUAGAUGGGCCCCCGGUGAGCAGCUCUGACCCCGCCGUGCUGCAGCACUCGCUUGGACGGCGUGAGGGAGCAUUGAUUGUGAUGUUACUCCUGACAGGGGUGAGUCGGACUAGAGAAAGGUGGGGCGAGGCAGAAGGCACCGAGGUUAUGGAUGAUGCGCUGUUAGAUAAUGUGAUGAUUUCAUUUGAGCACAAUCGAUCUUGGCAGCCUGCAUCUGCUGUGAUUUAUAUGCAUCAAGUGUAACUUUAAGUCUUCUCAUUAUAUGACAAUGCAGAUGUCUUCAUCAUUGAGGUGUGAAAUGAGGAAUGCAUGCCGAAUUGCUGAUUCUUUCUCCCCCGAGGGAGCCAUGGAUUUGUUUUCAUUUAUGUAGAAACUGAGCCAAAAUGUAUUAAAAGUUUGAUUGAUCCAGAGUUCCUCUCAAGACUGCGGAACCCCGCAUCCGAUUUCCUGCUGUGGUAUUACUUUUGGUGUCAGAACACCCCACCAAAUCCGUGGGGGGUAGCACAAUCUCUCUGCCAUCCUCCACCUUGGCUCAAACUUGCAGGUAGUUAAAAAAAAAAAAAACAUGGUUGUCCUUAAUUAUUCACCAGCUGGCUAAUUGAUAUUCACCUCGCCUAAAGGAUCCGUUUAAUCUGACCACCACAGUCUCGGUUCUAUUGCCUUGUCACCCUGAGCCAUUGUGCUACCAUACUUAAUAGGAACCCAGGAGAGGGUGGCCACAAGUUGAGGGCGAUUUACAAGUUCACGCUUUAUUACGUUUUAAAUACUGCAGCCAUGUUUCGCUCUCUCUCUGGUCAUGUGAAAGUCUGUUUGUCUUUCCAGAAGUGAGUUCUCUGUCCAAAGCUUUUAUCCUUUUUACUUUUGAAAUUGCGUUAGCGAUCGUGAAAGUGCGAGCUCAGUGGCGUAUGAAACAACCGCGUUUUCCAUUCCUGGUAAAUCGCCUUUUAUUGUCCUCAGUCUGUCGCUUCUUUCCUCUCUCGGAUUCACUUUUGCUCCUCUCAUUCCUCAUUCCCUCAAACCCACACCCCGGCUCUUCAUUACGGGAACAAAAGGUAUACGGGCAGCGGUGAGGCCUGCGCCAUUGUUUGGCCUUUAGCAUGAUUAGAUUAUCUUUUAAAAUCGGCUGAAUAGGGGCGAUCAUUUGGAAGUAAUCCUGACAUAGUGUACGUGUCCGGGACUGAAUGUGUCGUCAAGGAGGCGGGCCAGCAUGCCCGCGAGCAGAUUUAAUGUGCGCUCACAAGAGAGGGGAGAAAACCCCCCCAGGGUACUCAUUUUCUAUCACAACCUCUCCUCCUUUAAUGGCACCUUAAGUCUCGCCUUCAGCACACAUUUAUCUCCCCGCCUGCCCGCUCGUCCUCUGUGGAUACAGCUGCUCCGGCUACUGUGAGUAUCUAUGUGUGCUUGGGAUCAGCGUCUGAGGUUCUUGCUUGUGUCCUGCCGUCUGAGCGUGUCUUUUGUCUGCAGAGCUCUCCAGCCGCAACGUUGAACUUGAACACUUGACUCACACCCCCAAAUGAGGUUUAUUGGCUUCACACAAGAUAUGCAAUGUGCAUCAAAGUAGACAGGUGCAGAAACUUUGGCAGCCCUGUCAUUUUGUUGAUUUGAAUACCUGUAUUUACCUAGCGCUGGUUAAUUGGAACAAGAAAUGGGUUUUAAGCCUUGAAUUUCAUAGAUAGAUGCAUCCAGUCAUCUCAUCGAAGGUAUUUCAGGUGAAUAGUUGCAAGUUGUUUUUCUCUUUGAAUCUCCUGUGAAGACGGGCAACAUGGGGUCCUCCAAACAGCUGUCAAAUGAUCUGAAAAUGAAGAUUGUUGAACACCAUGGUUUAUGCGAAAAAAGCUAUCCCAUAGAUUUCAUCUAUCAGUUUCCAGUGUGAGGAAAAUACACAAACACAGUUAUUGUUAAGGCCAGGAAAAAUAUCAGACAAAGACAGUGAAAGAAAAGCCACAGACCACUUCUGAAGAACUAUAGGAAGACCUCGCCUGAGGUACGCAACAUUUGGGCAAGCAAGCUUCAUUUUGGAAUAAAGUGCUGUGUCACUAUUACUGUACACUCCUGUUAUUCUUUGUUUACACCACAUUGCGCAGGCUAUGGGAUCACUGCAGGGACAUCACUGCUAGCAUAGCGAGCUAACUAGUUAGCCUCUCCAAUUUACUUAUUCUAAACUUAAAGUGUUUUGAAUGGAGUGGGGAAGAAGGACAAAGAAGCCAAAAACUUACCGCUUCCACACGGAAUGAGAGGAGAACCUCCCCCCCCCCACUCGAUCUCAGUCAUGGCAUGUGGGCUCAGUAGCCAGUCUCCAUGUAGCGUGAAAGGUAACGUCAUGUUUCAAGACAUUAAUGAUGCCUAGUGACCAGAAUGCUACAGUACAUAUAUAAUGUGUCUUUCAAUAUUUUAUCAUAAUAAUAUGCCAUAGUCAGCCAUGAAACCGCAAUAAUUUAUUAUUAAUUUUUUUUUAAAUCAGUAUAGCGAGGGACAACUGUAAUCUGAUUACUUGUUUUUUUGCUGAUACCAAUAUUGGAUGGGGACACCCCUACUGAACAGUUCAGCCCAGUACACCAUGGAAAAAUCCUGACCCAUGACAGGCAUACCAGAACACAUCUGGAGGAAUGGGUCACUAUCAGAUAUUGCAGACCGUGUACAGAAACCCAAUCAAAUGUGAACCAUACCAACAAGAACCCUGGCCUUGAUGUUGGACUGCAUCGCAGGCAUAACGCAUGCAGCUCCACCUGCAAGUCAAUUGCGUAUUUCAACACUGAUGGUUAUCACUGCACAGGGAAAUUGGACGAGCUAAUGCAUUUUUUUCUACAUUAGGUGUACUUCCUUCAUUAUCUCGUUCUCCUUCAAACAAAGCGCUCAGCUUCAAGGCCUCAUUUGCAUUGCUGUUAUCCUCCAGGACGAUCCUUUGCAGAAUGUCGCCGUAUGACUUUAAUGCAUACAUAUGAAGAAGGGUAGCCUACAUAGGUUAUAUAAAGUGGAAAAGUGAGUAUUUACGUCCCGAAAUAGUGCAUCGUAAACCUCCCCCUCCAAAGUCAUAGCUGAAUACGUCUUUGCUUCAAUAUUCUUUUUCUUCUCUGCCCCCUCACUUUCUUUCAAUUUGCU